UGCUCACACAUCACUCCACACCCCAAGUUUUACUGAUCCCUCCCCCCCAUCCUUUCACUGCUUCUGUUGACACCUGGAGAGGAGAGGGAAGUCUAAUAAGCCUCAGAACAGGGUCCCAGAGGCAAGCCCUCUCUCUCUGUCCCCCUUGUCAAGGUGUUAGAGCCCUGGGGCCGCAGAUGGGGCCGAAUGCCUUCCUCUCCACAGCAUCCUUCCCCAAACGGUCCUCACUCUGUAUCCUGAAACAUAAAGCUCCAGGUCAUUCUGCGUGUACUCAGGGAUUGUGAUAAAAUCUCUUUGGGUAAGCCAGAAUGGUUUAGGAUGAGAGUAAAGAGGGUGGAUUAUAGUCCCCGGAGAUGGUGUCCAUCCUACUUGAUAUGCAGUGUUGGGGGUCAAGAUAGCUGUGUGACCUCAAAGUGUGGGCUAAACUGGAAAGUGAGGACCAUUUGCUGUAAAAGAAAAGGGACACAGGGAGGCAGGCUGCACUUUCCCAGGACCUCUUCAGCUUCUGUACCCUUUGUGAUGUUCUAUUUGAUCUGAUUCCUUCUCCCUGAGCUAUACCCCUGGCUGCCAGCUCCCUGGCCUGUCUUCAGGAAGGUAGGCUCCUAAGAUCCAGAGGGGCCUACAGCUGGUGUGUAGACCACCACCCAUCUCUGAGUGUCUAGGGAAGAGCAGACUACUACCUUUUGGUCUGGCGCAGACUUGUACCAGAGAGCUGGCUGGAGUUGAUCCUGAGGUUCUCCUUAACUGCCUUUUUCCUUACUUCCUGUCUCCCCCAGUGACCCUUCUGGAUUCUCAUUUCCCUGUCCUAGGGUAAGGGGAGGAUUAAAUUCCUAGACUUUAUGAGAAGGGGCUGAUAUCUAGUUUCAGAGACCAGGGCAGCCUAGAACCCAGCCUUGCUUGGAUUGAGGUUGUGAAGCGAGAAGUCUGGAGAUUACUUGCAAGACUUUCUAACUUUGUGUUCUUUCAAGUAAAUCCAUAUGGUUGGACUGGUUAAUAAUUUUCAAAGUACGGUGGGCCUGUGGCAUCAGAAACACCUACCAGGCCACUUGUUAAAGGGCUGAUUGCCAGGUACCUGUACCUAUGAAUUCAAUUUUGAUGGAUCUGGGGUGGCUUUCAGAGUUCUGUAUUUUCACAAGCACCCCAGGUGAAUGCAACUCACAAUAAAGUUUGUGACUGCUUGAGCCAGAUACAAUCUACUGUAAGGAGGUUCUCCAGGUCUGUCUCCAUUUAAUGGGAGAGAGUAAAUAGGAAGCAAUUUGCCCCAGAUUAUGCAUGUGGAAUGCCAGAGAACCUGGUCUCCUGCCUCCUAGGGCAGGAUCUUUGUAUUGCACCCAAGAGUCAGAUCCGGGAAAUUAUACGGAGGGACGAAACGGGAUGUGUGUGUGUGUGUGUGUGUGAGAGAGAAGGUCUAUGAGGCAAGAGUCAUCGUCCCUGCCCCCUAAACCCCUUCUCCAUUCACUUUGCCUUUGGGCAAUUUCCGCCAGAACCUGGGUGGAGAAGGUGGGGUUCCGGUGUUGAAAUGGCAUCCUGGACAGACAUAAACACCCCGCCCUCUGCCCACUGGCCAAGGGCCUGUGCCAACUCCCAGCUCUAGGGAUGGCCAUAUAACAAGGAGGGGGCAGGCAGGGACUUGGGGUGAUCCUCCUUCGAAAGGACAAUUUGCAACUCUCAUUAAUUUUGUGGUGAGUCAGAGUGGAUUCCAUAUUAAAUACCUGUGAUAGGCCAUCCUUGUGGUGAUCUAAGGUCAUCCAACCCAACCCUAUACUCUGUCUGUCCUUCUGUAAGUCUCCCCCACCCACCCAGUCUGCCUGCCUUUACUUCUACAACAAACAUAGGGUAUGGUGCGUGGCCCUAAGAGAUCAGGGGGCCCCUGCCAAAUCUACUUGGAGUGUCUUGCCAAAGGCAGGGAGAACAGAUGAGGGUGAGAUGGGUGUCAGGGAAUAGGGAGGGGGAGUGAGGAGAAAGGGUGACAGAAAGGAGAAGAUGAAGGAAGGACUGAGGGAUUGCUGAGAAUGUUGAACUGUCCAAGCAGAGAGGGAGGGACCUCCGAAUUCAACUUGUCUCACUCCCUGGUUUUACAAAUGAGGAAACAGAGGCUCAGAAAAAGGCGAUGGCUUGCCCAACAUCUUGCUGCUGCACAGGUCUGCAACUCCAGCCCAGAUCCAAAGCAAAGGGGCUGGAAGGGAGUGAGUAUUCAAGUCUCUAAAGAAAUAUUCCCUAGAAGAGAAAAGAGGCCAAGAUUCUACAGAAGGAGUUGACUGAUGCUGACUGCCAGUAGAGUCUCAGCAAAGCAAGACAUGGGAGCAGGACUGGGAAGGCGCCUGGAAGGUGGGAUAGGGAGUAGAGUCAGCAGCUCUAGGUACCAGACCUGACUCUGCUAUUUAUCAGCUUGAGUCUCAGCUUCGGAAUGGACCUAUAGGAUCUUUGUGAAAAUCAAUCUCAUAAAUGAAUGCCUAUAGACUCCCAGGCUCAGUUCUCAACAAAUGCCAAGUUGCUGGGACCGUCUGGGCUCUCGGGACCUUGGAGCAGGCCCUGGCCCAGUAGGAUGUCCCCGUGUCCUCCACAGCAGAGCAGGAACAGGGUGACACAGCUGCCCAUUCCGGAGCCAGGGGAGAUGGAACUGACUUGGCAGGAGAUCAUGUCCAUCACUGAGCUGCAGGGUCUGAAUGCUCCAAGUGAGCCAUCGUUCGAGCCCCCAGCCCCCGUCCCAUACCCAGGGCCCCCGCCACCUCCAAGUUACUGCCCCUGCUCUAUCCACUCGGAGCCUGGCUUUCCCCUUCCUACACCACCUUAUGAGCUCCCAGCACCCACGUCUCAUGUCCCAGACCCUCCGUACUCCUAUGGCAGCAACAUGACUGUACCAGUCUCCAAACCACUGACCCUCUCGGGCCUGCUGAGUGACCCGCUUCCAGACCCCUUGGCCCUCCUGGACAUUGGGUUGUCAGCGGGGCCAUCCAAGCCCCAAGAAGACCCAGAAUCUGACUCAGGAUUAUCCCUCAACUAUAGUGACGCUGAAUCUCUUGAGUUGGAGGGGACGGAGGCUGGCCGGCGUCGCAGCGAGUAUGUAGAGAUGUACCCAGUGGAGUACCCCUACUCACUAAUGCCCAACUCCUUGACCCACCCCAACUAUGCCUUGCCACCUGCCGAGACCCCGUUAGCCUUAGAACCCUCCUCAGGCCCUAUGCGGGCCAAGCCUACUGCACGGGGGGAGGCGGGGAGUCGGGAUGAGCGGCGGGCCCUGGCCAUGAAGAUCCCCUUCCCUACGGACAAGAUUGUCAACCUGCCGGUGGAUGAUUUCAAUGAGCUGCUGGCGCGGUACCCGCUGACGGAGAGCCAGCUGGCCCUGGUCCGGGACAUCCGAAGGCGGGGCAAGAACAAGGUGGCCGCCCAGAACUGUCGCAAGAGAAAGCUGGAGACCAUUGUGCAGCUGGAGCGGGAACUGGAACGGCUGGGCAGCGAGCGGGAGCGGCUUCUCCGGGCCAGAGGUGAGGCCGACCGGACCCUGGAGGUCAUGCGCCAACAGCUGACGGACCUGUACCGUGACAUUUUCCAGCAUUUGCGGGAUGAAGCAGGCAACAGCUACUCCCCUGAAGAGUAUGCGCUACACCAGGCUCCUGAUGGGGCCAUCUUCCUGGUGCCCCGGGGGACCAAGAUGGAGGCCACAGACUGAGCUGGCCAGAGGGGUGGGACUGGUGAUGGGGGUUUCCUGCAUUCUCUUUCAAUAAAGGUCCUCCCCAUC